GAUAUAGUGCUAUUUCUGUAUCUCGUGUGUCCAGGCAAUUUUGUGGUGGUGGUGGGUUGGGUGGUGGGAAUGGGGGAUCACACCAGUCAUGUAGUGCUUAAACAACCGAAUUCUGCUCUGUCGUUUCUCGAAACGGUGAGUCGUGUCGAAUUGCCCUCUAUAGCAAGUCAUUGAUGGUUGGAGGUGUUCGUCGUGUACGUAGUGCAAAAUCGUAUUCGAUAUCUUCAUGUGGAGUUUGAAUACGCAGUCGAAAGCAAGUUCAUCAGAGCCUCAUAAUGGCCGUCUCCAACUUCAAUGGUAGUCCAAGACUAAGUGUGCACGAGUGGUGAUUUGUGUAAGUGUUUAAUCAUGUGUAAAUAUGCAUGUACAUACAUACUCCAGUGUCAGCAUUGGCACAUGGACGAUUUAAGACAGUCAAAAUACUAACCAGGGGGUUUCACAAGUUCUAAUGGUUUAGAUUUCUAUUUAGCUUCAUGUGAAGCGAAGUCAGGUUUUGAUUCACGUUUAACCCAGUUACAUAGUACUGUUGUGUUCUCUUUGAGCCUAAUUAGCUUUUGGCUAUUGUGGAGUCCCUUUCAGCUUUUUUCUGUAACUUUUUGCGUUUAUGUGGAGCCCCGAUAGCCAGCUGUUAGUUCCUUCAAGUCACAUUUGCCGUUUGUUUCUUGCAGUGCCCAGUUUGCAGGUUCUCGUGGACCUCAGGGUUUUGCUUUAGGUUUUUAUUCUUGUAGAGCCCCAGUCAGUUUUUUGGUUCUUGUGUAGUCAUAGACCACACGUACAUAAGGGAAGCCUCAGUGUAUAACUUCAUAACGUGAGAGUUUAGCAAAAGAAAAUAAGAAUACCUUUUAGUUUCAUUUUUAUCUACUUGUGCACUUCUUUCUGCCUCCAGAGGAAAGAGCGCAGAGCGAGACAGGUGAGUUCAUCAGUACAGUUAUGUGCAUACAAAUGUUUCAUUGAGCGAUUAUUAACCCUUGGCGUGCAUUCACAGCAAGGGUUGCAGUACUUUGUCUGUGUGUCUGUCUGUUACCAUGUUUUCUGUCACUAGGCCAAGAACGAUAACAAUUACAAAUCAAAAGCACUAAAGUGCAAACCCUCAGCGAACUGCGCAUGCGCGGUACCGCUAAUUGAUGGGCUGGGCUAUUAGUAUGUGUUUACUCGUGGUAUCCUGCUAGUAGCUCGCAGGGAGUCUGACACGGGCUAGCUACAGUAGUAGAUAGCAUGCGAGAGUCGAUACACGCCCUUCUUGUACCUUCAAGAUACACAGAGCAAGCAGACCCGGUCGAGGUUAAUAAGCACGUGCACAUUUUCCGCAGCGAUAAAAUGGGCGACUACGCACUAGCCUACAAUGGUGGAAGCGCUCUAGCUUUGCAAUGGAGCGUUUUCAGAGAAACCGUUCGAAAUUUCUGAUCUUCAUUGCCCGUUAAGUAGGUGGUAUCCUUUGUGAGACGAAUGAACACUCGAGAAGUGAGAUGAAGAGUAACAGACACACACACAGACAGACCCAAUUACAGUAACCCUCGCUGCGCAUGCGCGCCGAGGGUAGACCUAUGUACACUGUUUAAGAAUAAUGGAAGUUCUCUGUUACAGAGUUCUGGUGUGAAAAGUGAAUGAGCCAUUAUGCAAACUAGCAUUGGCUUACUGCGACCAGAUCUGCCUGCUUUGUGUACCUUUGAGAAACCAGAAGUUUCAACGUAUUGAGUACUGCAUGCUACUGUAUCUACUAUCCUAGUUAUGCAGGUCAGGCAUGUACUUUGCCCAGUCGAGAGAAAACAGCUUAUGGGAUUGUAAUGCGCGUUUCUAGUUUACCGAAGAUAUUGUUGCUGGAAGCACGUCAACCCUCAGAUUGAGAUAUUGCACCAGGAUAGCCUGAAGUGUACAUUACCAAUCGAUGGGUUGGACCAUGCCACACCGAUGUCAGUUUAAUACGGGGUAGCAUCAUCAGUUAGUAGCGUUUUGUAGCCACGCAGGCUGUAUGCUUUAUCUCCGAGUAACUUCAUUCCUCCUGUGAGUGUUGAAUGGGCAACUCACUGCUAAUGCAGACCAAUAGCUACUAUGUUGCAAGGUGUAUGUGAGUUGCUUUGUCCUUUCUGCCAGAUGCCAAAACACUUUGUGACUAGUAUCAACCCUCAGAGCACAUGCGCAGCGAGGGUUACAGUUGUUCGUAAGUGUGUGUGUCUGUCCGUCUGUCUGUUACCACGUUUUCUACCACCACAUGCAACGACAUGACAAAAGAGCAAUACUAAACACUUCAGCGCUACACUGGCUUGUUUUUAAAUUAUGAAAGUACUGUGUGCGAGAGUUAUGGCGUGAACACAGGCUUACCUCGGCAGACCCACUUUCUCUCUGCGUACCUUGUAGGCACCGGGAUUUUCAAUGCAGGGCGAGUGUCGACUCCCACAGGCUAUCUAGUUGUAUAACUGGCCUGUCACGGACUCUGCGACUUGGCAAAAGACCACGAGUAUGUACUGUACACUAGUAAAAAUAGCCCCGCCCAUCAAUUAGCAGUACACACAGCGUAUAAAUACACGCAUGCGUUUCGACUUCACCGAGGGUUUGCACUUUUGUGCUUUUCAUUAAUUAACCUGUUGCACAGCAGUAGAAUUUCCUAUGCAUUUUCUCUCGAAAGAGUGUGAUGAAGGCUCAAGAGGGAUGAUUGAUGUCCAAUUUAAGUAGAAAUGAAAAAGCACUGAUGUGCAAACCCUCGGCGAACUGUGCAUGCACGGUACCGCUAUGAUGGGUUGGGCUAUUAGUAUGCUCGUGGUCUCCACGCUAGUAGCUCGUAUAGAGUCUGACAUGGGCGAGCUACAGCAAUAGAUAGCAUGCGGGAGUCAAUACACGCCUUCGUUGUGACUUCAAGAUACACAGAGCAAGCGGGCGGACCAGCUCGAGGUGAGCCUGUUCUAAUUAGCAAUUGGCUUUUUGGCUUUCACGCUGUAACUCCCUAACGCAGCAGUAAAACCCCACAUAUUCUUCGACCUUCAUCCGAACGUGUGCACAAGCAUAAAAACUGAAUACGUGGUGGUGUUUGUGGAGCGAUUGGUAGCUUGGUGAGUGAGAUGUAAGGUAACAGACUGACUUACAGACAGACAGACACACACGACAACUACCGUAACCCUCGCUGCGCAUGCAUGCCGAUGGUUAAUUGUAGCUGACUUUUAUUACGUAGAAUUAAGCAUGAGUUUGCCGUGGCACUUUUCACUGAAGCUAUUGUGGAUUUUAUGUUCAUCGUUGUGUUACCUACAGGACACUGAAUAUGAGACAGAUGCAGUUGUGACAAGAGAAAGGGACAGAGAAUUCUCUCACAGGAGUAGCAGGCCCCAGUACCAGCCUCAUGUCGACCCCCAGAAGCUACAUGACCAGAAUAGAGCAGCAAAAGAACAAGGCAGAACGAGGAAGGCCAGUUCAAGUCGAUCAUCCAGCCACUCUUUCUCCAGGUCUCGAUCCUACUCGUCCUAUUCAUCUACUGCUAGUUCAACAAGUGGGAGCAGAUCCCGUAGUACCAGUUCUGUUUCUCAUUCAUCCUACUCUUCCUAUACACGAUCAUCUUAUUCAUCCUCCCGACGAUCAUUUUCAACUUCCCCUCACUCUCGCCGAAUACGAAAGAAACAACUUCCACUUGACAGAGAUUCCCAUGGUGAACCAAGAUUAAAACCCUCUUCGUCAAACUUUUCUUCUUCACGACAUUACCCUCCAUCCUCACAGUGGCAUGAUGACAGCUAUAAGCUUCAUUCUUCACGGUCUCCUCCACGUGCCAGGAAAGGAUAUCCCCUCCAUUCACGCCAUAGUUCCAGAGAUUACCAUGACUAUCCUCCUGCGAAAAGACGUCACACUGACUAUCCUGAGUAUCAUCGCGGCCCUCCACCAGGUGAAAGGCGUCGCUUGCACAGUCCCCCUCCCCCCUCCCCCACCUCCUGCCCUCCAGAGGAAGGAGAGAAUCAUACGGCAUGUGCGUAGGAGCCCUCUACCUCGUUCACCCCCACCUCACACAAGUAGUAGGUCUGUCUACAGCCACAGGCCACCCUCGCCUCCCUCUCGUUACCCUCUCCAUCGUCAUAGUCAUAGACCAUAUAGGCGUUCCUACUCCCCACCACCCCCCUCUGUACAUUCCCGUGAUGCCAGACUGAGAAGAGAGGUUAUAUCUGAUCACAUACAAUCUCGACCAUCGCGAGACAUGCGAUCUCUGUGUGGCCCACCAAUUCAUGUCCGUGACCGCCCACACAACCGAUCCCCAGAUAGACGGCUUCUUCGACCUCCUCCCAGAAGACCGUCCUACUCAUCUAUUUCUCGUAAUUCUCUACGAACUAGGCGAUUGGAUAUCGGCAGGAGACGAGACGUUCGUCCUCCCAUCAGAAGUGGAGUAGAAUCUGGUAUUACAAGGAGAAAUGCUUCAAUGAGUGACAGGGCUGAACCAAAAAGGAAAGAUAAAGAGCUAAGUGCCGAGAAAAAUGAAAAAGAUAAAACCUCUUCUGAUGAGCAAGGAAGUUCUGGACCACCAAGUCUGACAUCACCAACUACUGCUCAGUUGUUGUGGGAUGAGCAAGAGAUAAAAUUGGAGAACGAGAAAGAGGAAGGGACAGUUGAAGGUAGAGAAGAGGGAGAAGUGGAGGAACUGGACUACGAUGAAAGCAUGGAAGACCUUGAUUUGCAUCCAGUGGGAAACAUUGAUGAAGGAGGUGGUGGUGAGGCACGAAAGCUCAGUACAAAGCAAGAUGAGAGACAAGGUACUGUAAACUGGGAUGAUCCUCAAGGAGAUGAAGUUGUGGAUAGGGCAUCUAGCAUCGAUGAUGAAAAUUUGCUAGAUACAGAAACUGAAGAACAGACCAUAGCCACAGAAAUUGGUGGUGAUGAAGAGGCUAGUGGAGAUGGAGAAGACAAGGGAGAUGUUCAUAUUAGCUCACCGAUACGUGUUUCUCCUCAUCGAAAGAAGUCCAGGAUAAAGUGUAGUCCUCGACAAAAAGAACAGGGAAAAGAUGAGACCAAAUUGUCGGUCAAAGAAAGGCUCUAUGUCAGCAAAAAUGCUAUAGAGGAGAAGAAGCGGCGUUUGGGUCGCCACACUGAUGAUACAUCUUCUAAGCUCCCUCGGUCUCUUGCAAAUCGACUCGGUCCUUCACCCGGUUUACAUGGCAGGGUUGGAAGGAGUGGUCACAAGGGCAGUGCACUGGCCAUUGCGGCCGAAUACAAAAGGAGGAAACAGGCUGGUGAAAUAUCUCCCCGUGAGGCUGCCCGUGCCACGAGGAUCACUAAAAGGAUCAAUGCUCCCGAAUACAGACCACUGAAGCAUAGGAAACCAGAGGAAAAGUCAGAGGAGAAUGAGCGAGAACUAGACAAGAAGAUUGAUUCCAUCAAAAAAAGAAAUAAAGCACUGGAAAAGCGACACAAAGAAAUAGAGAGGGACAAGCAGCUUUAUGGUUGAGGAGAACAAAUAAACCACACUUUUUUGCUUCACUGUGCCUUUGUAUCUUGCUUUCCAAUUGGGAAUAAUCAAUUAUAAGUUGUGCAAAACAAGCAGUAUGGCUGGUGCCAGUGCACACUGAAUCAGGCUACACUUGCAAUUCUGUCAGUCAUUUUAACCCCUGGCACACAUGCACUAAUAUACUUGGUUUGUAAGUACA